GGAUGCAGGAUAUGUUUCGAAACCUGUAAUUAAACAAAUGUAUGUUACACUAGCUAUGUUGUCAGUCAAUUAGAUGGUGAUACACACCAGAAACCUGCAGACCUGAAAACGAAGGUUGUCAGCUAGCACAAUAGCUAGCUGGAAACAUCAAAGAUUUGAGGCUUUCCACAAUUGAGUGAGUGACCGAUACUGACAGGAGCGAGCUGUCAAACUAGCAAGGGCUGAUUGUAUUCUAAGGAUAUACCGUCAGUUUAUUUGUUAUUGGUUAGGUAUCUAGCCAGCGAAAGUGUUCAAGCUUGAUAGCAAACAUGGACCCACCGCCGCCUGUAAUUGUCGUCCAACCUGACACCGCCAAGCUUGGGCCUUUGGUGAUGUCGGAGCCCAAGGCGCCCACUCCGACCCCCGGAGACACGUACAAAGGCUGGCUUUUCAAAUGGACCAAUUACAUCAAGGGUUACCAGCGGAGAUGGUUUGUCUUGAGCAACGGUCUCCUCUCGUACUACAGAACCCAGGCAGAGAUGGGCCACACAUGCCGGGGCACCAUUAACCUGGCCACAGCCAACAUUGCAGUGGAGGACUCCUGCAACUUUGUCAUCUCCAAUGGCGGGGCACAGACCUACCACCUGAAAGCCAGCACAGAGGUGGAGCGCCAGCGCUGGAUCACCGCCCUGGAGCUGGCCAAGGCCAAGGCAGUCUGCAUGCAGGCCGAGUCUGAUGACUCCGGAGACGAGUGUCCCACGUCGCCCCCCACUGCAGGACAAGGCGGUGGCUCCCGGAACUCGGCAGUCCAGUCCACGCUACGCACUCUGGGCAGCAAGGUGGAGGACCUCAGCACCUGCAACGACCUCAUCGCCAAGCACGGCUCGGCACUGCAGAGAUCCCUUUCAGAGCUGGACGGCGUGCGCGUGGGAGGAGAGGCAGGAGAUAAAAUCCGCCAGGUAACAGAGAGGGCCACGCUGUUCCGCAUCACCUCCAACGCCAUGAUCAACGCUUGUCGAGACUUCCUGGCCCUGGCCCAGAGCCACAGUAAGCACUGGCAGAAGGCUCUGCAGGCAGAGAGGGACCAGAGGAUGAGGCUGGAGCAGACCCUGGAGCAGCUGGCUAAACAGCACAACCACCUGGAGAGAGCCUUCAGGGGGGCCACAGUACUGCCCCCUUCCCUCAGUAAUCCUGACAUAGACAGCAAGGGGUCGGGCUCGGGGAAGGGGGACGCCAGCGACGAGGACGACGAGAAUGAGUUCUUUGACGCCAUGGAGGACCCGGCAGAGUACAUCACCGUCCCGGCCGACCCCAAGUACCACAGAAGGUCGGGCAGUAACGCCAGUGGUUUCAGCAGCGAGAUGGGAAUGGAUGAUCAGUCACUUGACGAGCAGUCCCUGGCAUCCAACCCUGAGUCUCCACAUUCUCAGGAGGUGGAGCCAGUGAGAAAGAGGCGAAGCCAUAUCCCAGACAAGCCAAACUACUCCCUCAACCUCUGGAGCAUCAUGAAGAACUGCAUUGGCAAGGAGCUGUCGAAGAUCCCCAUGCCUGUGAACUUCAACGAGCCCCUCUCCAUGCUCCAGCGCCUGUCUGAGGACCUGGAGUACUACGAGCUGCUGGACAAGGGCGCCAAGUGCCAGAGCUCUCAGGAGCAGAUGUGCUACGUGGCGGCCUUCACUGUGUCCUCCUACUCCACCACAGUGUACCGCACGGGCAAGCCCUUCAACCCCCUGCUGGGAGAGACCUUUGAGCUGGACCGCCUGAAGGAGAGUGGCUACCGCUCGCUCUGCGAACAGGUGAGCCAUCAUCCACCUGCAGCAGCCCAUCAUGCCAUCUCUGAAAAAGGCUGGACCCUUAGACAAGAGAUCUCCCUUGCCAGCAAGUUCAGGGGCAAAUACCUCUCCAUCAUGCCCCUCGGUUCCAUCCAGUGCAUAUUUGAGAAGAGCAACAAUCACUACUCGUGGAAGAAAGUCACCACCACAGUUCACAACAUUAUCGUAGGCAAGCUGUGGAUCGACCAGUCAGGAGAGAUAGAUGUGGUGAACCACACCACUGGAGACCGCUGUCACCUCAAGUUUGCCCCCUACAGCUACUUCUCCAGAGACGUGGCCAGGAAGGUAACUGGGGUGGUUACCGACAAGGAGGGCAAGGCCCACUUUGUGCUGUCAGGCACCUGGGAUGAGAGGAUGGAGUUCUCAAGGGUGAUGCAGAGCAGCAAGGGGGGGGAGAAUGGCGCUGAGGGCAAACAGAAGACGGUCUACCAGACCCUGAAGGCCCGCGAGCUGUGGAAGAAGAACGAGCUACCUGAGGGAGCGGAGACCAUGUACUACUUCUCCACCCUAGCGUUGAGCCUUAACGAGGCUGAGGAGGGCAUAGCCCCCACCGACAGCCGCCACCGGCCCGACCAGAGGCUGAUGGAGGAUGGGCGGUGGGACGAGGCCAACACAGAGAAGCAGAGGCUGGAGGAAAAGCAGCGCAUCGUGCGGAGGGAGAGGGAGAGGGAGGCGGCCAAGACGGCCAUCCCACCCGAGGAGGCUGUCAAUGAGGAUUCCUUUACUGACUCACCUCACAAAACCGACACAGUGGAGGUUGGCACGGAGGCCAGCGAGGCUUCAGACGAAACUGAUACAGAAGACUCUCCCCCUCACACACCUGUUGCAUCUUCCCAAGGGCCACCCAGCUCUCCUUUUCAAAUGGAAGGCUCUGAAGCCCCUAAUGGAUCUACGGUCAAAAGCUCCCACCAGGACAACUACCAGGCACUGUGGUUCGAGAGGUUCGAGGACCCUGUCUCGGGAGAGACCAUGCACGUCUACAAGGGAGGUUACUGGGAGGCUAAGGACCAGGGCAACUGGGACAUGUGCCCUGACAUCUUCUGAUUCAAACCAACCCUCCCCUCCCCCAGCUAAAUGGACUUAUCCAGACAUGGCAAGACAUUCUUUAUUUCACCAAAGGGGGGUGAGGGCAUAUUGGGGCAUCCCCCCUGUGUUAUCUACCCCCCUACCUUCCAGCUGAGAUAAUGGAUUGCCCCAGCAUCUCUGUGUAUAUUGCGUGUGUUUGGGCUGCUACAGACAAACGGUAGGACAGAACUGGACAGGGUAACCUGCUUCAUGCCUUGAUUAUUACGACAGACACCAAAUAGAUGCCCCUAGAUCAGCUCUGCCCUCUCUCUCCCUCCACCCACUCCAUCUCUUCCUCGGACUCACUCCCAUUUCUAAGUCACUCUAUUUUCACUCUUCCUCACUCCAACGUCCACAUUCUUGACCUCUUCCUAAGUAGUCUCACUGUGAAGACGGAUGCAGCUCAUCCUUUCACCUGUCAAACAGAAGAACUUUAGAGAGCGUCUCCCUUCUUUUCUGUCUGGGUGUGAACAGCCAUGUGGUGACUGAUAUUUAGUAAGGGUAGCACUAGAAAUGUGGUGCACAGUGCUUCACAGAUGCUGUUUUGUGUGUGUGGGGGGGGGGUAUUUAAAACAUUGUAUUGUGGGACUUUACUUUCUUUUCUAAAACUCCAUGAGUUUAAGUGUGUGCGUGUGUGAGGUCUGUUUGUGUGUUUUCCUAAAGAAGAUAAAUCCACAUUUUAUUUUCAAGUGUACUUAAAUAAAAUUUAAAAAUCAAGUCAGAAAAGCAAGAAUACAAAGCAAAACUAUAAUACUGCAAAUGUUCCUGUAUAUGUAAAUAUCAAUUAAAGUUACAAAUAUUAUUGCUAUUAACAUUAUUAACCACUACCUGAGUGAUUGUGGUAGUUGGAUGUCGAACACAGCAGAGAUUACGAGUUUACGUUUUCUUUUCUGGACAGGAUGUCCAAUAUUGCUUAUUAGUGGUUCACUGUUCUUUGACAAUGAGUCAACUGUAGGCUUACAUUUGUUUAAUAAUCUGAGGAGGGUGUGUUCAACCCUACCUCUCAGCCUUGACCCACAAUUAGUUACUAGCUGGUCCAACUUUUUGCUUUAUACUUAUAGUUUCACAAUUGUAUGAAGCACAAAUGUAAUUGCAUUGAAAUUGGGUAGCUAUGUAAUAUAAAAGGACUCUAUUCUAUGAUAUUAAUAUGCAUUAUUUUGUUUAAGUGUAGAAGGUUGGUAGAUCACUUAAGUAAAUGUCAGCGUCAGCAAAUAAGGCCACCAUCUUUUUUGUUGUUGUUUGUUUCCCACCAUCUCUUUCUCAGUGUUUAAAGUUGAAUGUUAUCUGGUUAACUGUAAAAAAACACAGUGUUAUUGAUAAUUGUAAAAUUGUGGGCUACAGUUUUAUUUCUCACCAGUCUGUUUCUAUGCAUUGUUUGUUUUGCCUUUUGUUAUUUUUAUCCGUUUGUGAUUUUAGCUUUUCUCACUCCAAUAAUUCCCAUCUGUCUUCAUUCCAUUAUAUUAUAUGUUUUACUUUCUCUGUUACGAUAUUCGUCAGUGCUCUAAGACAGAGCGUAGCAGGAUGAUGUAAUAAACCUGGCCGCAGAAAAAG